CAUUUGCAAUGGGAAGCCAUCGGUCUUGCUCUUUGACUUCGAAUUCACCGAGGCCAGUGCCUUGUGCUCCUUCUUGCUCGCGAUCCAUAUGAUCCUGCUCUUCACCGGACUGUGCACUUUGUUCGACAUCGGGCUCUUUGGGUGGGGAGGUCGACAUGAUGUAGUUUCAGGAUAGCCGCAGCGGCCGGAUUGCAGGGCGAGAAAAUGUUUGGCUGACCGUGACCACGUCACACACUUGGGGCGGCACCGACGCAGAAUGCCUAAUGCUGGCGUGCGUCACUCUUUCUUCUUUUCCUUUGCGCUGUUGGUGCCCGAAAUGAUUUCCAGUCGGCAAGCUUCCAGAGUGGAGGCAGCUGUGCUUGCGCGAUGCGACAGCCCCAAGACGAUGGAAAGGCUUCGGAUAGGGUGUCGAAUAGACGAUGACGGUGCGAAGGUCGAGGCGGUCUGCCACGAGGCCCGGAUGACGAAUAGGUGGCCGGAGGGUGGGAGAAACAAAGACUCGACUGGUGAAGGAAAGAUGCGACGCGCGAUGGGUGGUUGAAUGCGAAGCGCGUUGUGUUGUGCGAUGCGACGAGGAUCGGAGCGGACAGCUGCAGGCUGCAGAUGCAGAGCAGAUGCAGAUGCACAGUCCGCCUGGGCUUUGGUCGCUAAGUAUGCACAAUGUAGGGCGGAAGUGGGAAUACUGGCAAGACGAAUGAGGUUGUCCUGGGGCAGCGACGAUUGGAUGGCUGGGGGAAAGUGAAAGGUCUGUCCGGUGGUGGCCGCAAGUCAGACUUUGAGACUAAAACACCAUGGGUGCAUGAUCAUCAAAUGGCGAUUGAUACGUACCUUUUGGGGCAGACGGUAACGGA